AUCCAUAAUAUUUUUUUAAAAAAAUAGAAUAUAUACAUACUACAGCUGAAUAUGUAGCUAAAAUAGGCAGUUCAUUUGAAGAUAUGGUAUCUAGUAAAGAACAAAACAAUCCAAAUUUCUGUUUUUUAAAAAAAGAUGAUCCUUAUAGACCUUAUUAUGAACAUAAAAUAGCUGAAUUUGCCCGUAAUAUGUCAUAAUAAUAAUAAAAUGGAAACAAUAAUAAUAUAAUAAAUGAUUAAUAACAUUAACAGUAAUAAUAAUAAUAGUAAUAAUAAUAAUAAUAAAUUUAAGAAAAUAUAUUUUAAUAAAAUAAAGAAUAAAUACUAUAAAGAGAAGUUUAAGCUAUAUAAUACGAAUAAAUGUAAUUAGAAGCAGAUAUAUAGAAUUAAAUAGAAUAGAGUAUUUUUUCUAUAGAUAUUGCUAAAGACAUAAAUAGUUUAGAUUUAGAUAUUAUUAAACAUACAGCAUAAUUUGUGGCUAAAAACGGUAAGAAAUUUUUGGUUUCUUUAAGUGAAAGGGAAAAAUAAAACCCUUAGUUUGAUUUUUUGAAACCUACUAAUAAUUUAUUUAAUUUUUUUAUGAAUUUUGUUAAUGCUUAUUAAAAAUGUAUGUAAAUAGAUGACAAUCAAAUGGAUAAUUUAGUUAAAUUUGCCAAAAAUAAACAGAAUAUAUACAAUAGAUCACUAAAAGUGUUCGAAUACCUCAAGAUGAAGCGAAAUUAGGAAAAAAAUUAAUUCGAAUAAGAUGAAAAAGAGAGGCUUCUUCUAUAAUAAAUCGAUUGGUAAGACUUUAUUAUAGUAGAAACGAUUGAUUUCCAUGAUAAUUUCAUAUAUACAGCACAAUAAAUGCACUAGAAUUAACUCGAAUAACAACUUGAGCCUUAAAUUGUAUUAGAAAUUCCCCCUGAUUAAUAAAAUAUUCCACAAUAAGAAUUCAAAGAACCGAAAAGCAUUCCGAAAAAAACUACGAAAAAAAAGACCCUUUACCUUCACCGGAAACUCUUUUAUAAUAACAACAGGAAGAAAAUAUAAAGAUAAAAACAGACUAUUAAAGGUAAAAAACCUAAAUAAAAAUGA